ACUUCUUUGUCUUCAAGUUAACUACAUUGUUGUACCUAACAUACGGUGUUGGCUAAGUGAAUGUAUUUUAAUUGUUUUUUAAUUUUAUACCGAUAUCUUCCUCAAUCGGUUUUAUAUUAACAUCUUCAGUUGUGGUAGUGAUCAUAAUUUAUUACGUGCCCACCGCAACAAUAUUAUUGAUGGCAAAUUUUUGAAUUUUGUGUAUAGUUUUUGGUUUUGCUCAACUAUUGCCAUAUUUUUUUAUUUUGAAUUAAAAUGGAGCCCGUUGAUUCACCGUUUGAUCUGCUGUUUUUAGCAUCUGCUGUAGCCAAAGUAUUCACAUUAGUAGCACAACUUGUUUUCGCAUAUAUGGUUUUUGAUAAAAUAUGGCCAGCAAUACAGUUUGUACGUUAUGUGUUAGUGCCAUAUUUUGUUUCAAAUGAACAAUCAUUAAAAUCGAGAUAUGGAAAUUGGGCAGUUAUAACUGGAUCAACUGAUGGGAUUGGUAAAGCUUACGCUUUCGAAUUAGCUCGUAGAAACAUUAAUGUCAUCCUUGUUAGUCGUAGCGAAGAAAAAUUAUUGAAUACUGCCUCAGAAAUAGAAGCAAAAUAUCCAAUAAAAACAAAAACAAUUGUAGCUGAUUUUUCAAAUAGCAGUGAAGAGUUUUAUCAAGAUAUUGCCGAACAAUUGGUAGAGUAUCCUAUUGGUAUUCUAGUUAAUAAUGUUGGAAUUAAUUAUGAAUAUCCAAUGCGUAUUCAUGAAAUGAAAAGGGAACAAAUGUUGAACAUCAUCAAUAUUAAUCUGGUAUCAACCACAAUGAUGACUAGAAUUGUCUUACCAAUUAUGUUGAAAAAUAAAAGAGGUGCAAUUGUAAAUGUGUCAUCCGGUUCUGAACUACAACCAUGGCCUUUAAUGACACUUUAUGCUUCAACAAAGGCAUACAUAAAAAACUUUAGUGAUGCGUUGCGUUUUGAGUAUAAUACAAGAGGAAUAACUGUACAGAAUUUGGCACCAUUUUUCACAAACACGAAAAUAAAUGACUUUUCACAAGCUUUACGUGAAACAAGUUUAAUUAUACCAUCACCGGAAACAUAUGCUCGUCAUGCAAUCUUGACAUUAGGAAAACUGGAACACACAACUGGGUAUUGGCCUCACGGAUUUCAGUAUUUCUUUUCAUCCUUGGCUCCUUACAAUGUUCGAAUGUUUAUUGCUGGAUAUAUGAACAAUUUGUUUAGAGAUGAUUAUUUCAAUAAGCAUAAUAUGGUUGAAAAAUCUGAUUAAGUGAUUUUAUGUUUUACUAUUUGAAAUGGAUUAAUAGAAUGAAUUAGAAUUGGUCAACUCCGAGCUAAUAAGUUCAAUACCAAAAAGCCAUGAAAUAAUAAUUAAUUUUUAUAUUUAUAGAUGAAUAUAAUGAACAAGCCAAUUAGAUAUACCUGUAACGUUCAAAUUCUGUACAAUAUGCGAAAAAAAUUAUGUGCAAUGAACCAAUUUUGAAUCUAAUAAUGAGCCCUAGUGUUUAAAAAUAUUCGUAUUUCGGUAUGGGAACACUUGUAACUUAACAAAAAAAAAAACAAAAACUAUGAAUAGAUUUGAAUUAGCA